CUUUACUGGUCAUCGAUAAAGGAACAGAGGCUCUCCUUUUCACGUCAAGUCGUCAGCUCAGCGUCAAUCUCGGAUCACGACAAGUUUCAUUUGCUCCGCGGUUUUCGCGUUCUCUCUCCCUUCUUCAUCUUCUUCCUUCGUCCUUCUUCUUCGCAUCUCGACUUCUCGCAAGUCAACUGAACUGACACUCUCGCCCGCGCGCGCGCGCAAUCCGAGGCGGCUUCUUCCUUCCUUCCUCCUCCGUCGGCAUGACGAUCUCGUCCUUCUUGAAGAGAGCUUCGGGCUACCUCCAUGGCCACCCCGCUGGCUUCAAGGCUUUGGUUCUCGUCACUCUCAGUAGCGGGAGUUUAAUAGCUUAUUCAGAUUCUCAGUCAGAGACUGAUCGAGUUGGUCUUGGACCAAAUCAGAAGGAGCAAAAGAAGAAGAAAGUGGUGGUGCUUGGAACUGGAUGGGCCGGCACUAGUUUCCUCAAGGAUAUCGAUAUUUCAUCAUACGAAGUUCAGGUUGUUUCACCCAGGAAUUAUUUUGCAUUUACACCUCUGUUACCUAGUGUCACAUGCGGAACAGUUGAAGCACGGAGUAUUGUAGAGCCAGUUCGAAAUAUAAUAAAGAAGAGAAAUGGAGAGAUUCAGUUUUUUGAAGCUGAAUGUCUGAAGAUUGAUGCCACAAAUAAUCAAGUUCUAUGUUGCUCUAAUCUGGACCAAAACUUGGGAGGAAAUAGGGAAUUCUCCCUGGAAUAUGAUUACUUGGUUAUAGCAGUUGGAGCACGAGUAAAUACUUUUAACACCCCUGGUGUAAGGGAGAACUGUUACUUUCUGAAGGAAGUGGAGGAUGCACAGAAGAUCCGUGCUAGUGUAAUAGAUAGUUUCGAGAGGGCCGUCCUUCCAGGCUUGAGUGAAGAAGAGAGAAAAACGCAUCUUCAUUUUGUGAUUGUCGGGGGAGGUCCCACAGGUGUUGAAUUUGCUGCGGAGUUGCAUGACUUCGUACAAGAAGAUCUAGUAACCAUCUAUCCGAUGGUCAAAGAUCUAGUUCGGAUAACACUGAUCCAAUCAGGAGAUCACAUCCUAAACACGUAUGAUGAAAGAAUCAGUUCAUUUGCUGAGCAGAAGUUCCGAAGGGAUGGCAUUGAUGUCCGUACUGGUUGUCGAGUUCUUGGGGUUUCAGAAAAGUCGCUUUCUGUGAAGGUGAAAUCCCAUGGAGAGGUUUACUCGAUUCCUCAUGGAUUGGUUGUUUGGUCAACUGGUGUAGGGACUCGUCCAGUAGUGAGCGACUUCAUGGAGCAAGUUGGUCAGGGUGAUAGACGAGCUCUUGCAACUAAUGAAUGGCUACGGGUGAAGGGCACUGAAAAUGUUUACGCCCUAGGUGAUUGUGCUACAAUAGACCAACGUAAAAUAAUGGAGGACAUCUUGAGCAUAUUCAAGGCUGCAGACCAGGAUAACUCUGGCACUUUAACUGUCAGUGAAUUUCAAGAUGUUGUGGAUGAUAUCCUCAUACGGUAUCCCCAAGUGGAAGUAUACUUGAAGAGCAAGCAUUUGAAGGAUGUAACAGAUCUGCUGAGAGAUCCAGAAGGCAAUGAGAGAGAGAGUGUAGAUAUUGAAGAAUUCAAAUCAGCCCUUUGUCAUGUGGAUUCACAGGCGAAGAGUUUGCCAGCCACUGCUCAGGUCGCUGCUCAACAAGGAGCUUAUCUUUCAAGGUGCUUCAACCGGAGACAGCAGUGUCAUGAACUUCCUGAAGGUCCAAGACGUUUUACUGGUGUCGGGCAGCAUCGAUUUCGUCCUUUUCGGUACAAGCAUUUUGGAUCGUUUGCUCCUUUGGGAGGAGAGCAAGCUGCUGCUGAACUUCCCGGAGACUGGGUAUCUAUGGGUCAUAGUACUCAAUGGCUCUGGUAUUCUGUAUAUGCGAGCAAGCAAGUAAGCUGGCGCACACGGGUGUUGGUUGUAUUCGAUUGGACACGAAGAUUUGUUUUUGGAAGAGACUCGAGCCGUAUUUGAGGCGACGAAUGAGACGUGUAAAUAAUGUUGAGGACCAAAGGAAUGUCGCUGUUGGACAUGGAAGGCUGCUUUUGGCUUCUUCUUCCAGGUGUGAUUGGCCAUGUAAUCUUCUGUCUUUCUGCAAGUCAGUGGGAGGUGAAAUCAUUGCCCUUUAAAUCAUGUCAUGUAGUAUGUAGAUCAAAAGUAUGUUGUGAUGUUGCCGAAAAGUUUAGUUGAAUGCUCUCGGGCAAAGGUGCUCAUCGUGUUUGCGAAACACGUAUUGGCUUUGUUCAUUGUAACAUUGGGGGUCUCGGUGAACUUGCCUAGUUGACUGAAUCUGUGUAGUCAUGUCACUACCAUGUGAAGGCAGGCGUCCUGCUAGAGAACUGGAUACGAGGACAAGUAAAAUUCCAGGCAAAUAUGGUAGACUGCCACAUUCCUUCUUUGGAGUUGAGACAUCUCUAAAUGAAUUGCAUUAUUGUUUGAGAAGAGAGAGGAGAAAGAGGGUAAUGCGACAUUGUUAAUCGAACUUUAAACUCUAUUAAUAUUUCAA